AUUAUUCGAUAGACGGCGCCAAAACUGCCAACAAAUGACCUUAACACCUGAUUUCAUUGUUGUUCCAAAAUAAUAAUCAAAGAUUCCAAAAAAUGGAAAAACUUGAUGAAUAUCUGAAUGUUGCCAUCGAUUUGGCUAAACAAGCUGGACAAAUGAUUAUUGAAUGGCAUCGUAAAGGUUCAUUUGAAGUGAAUAUUAAAUCUAAUGUCAAAGAUUUGGUCACCGAAGUUGAUGUGAAAAUUGAACGUUUCAUUUUUGAUUCAUUGAAACAACGAUAUCCUGAACAUCGAUUUAUUGGUGAAGAAAGUGUUAAUGAUUCCAACAAAUAUUUAGCAUGGGAUGAACCAACAUGGAUUGUCGAUCCGAUUGAUGGAACAAUGAAUUUUGCACAUUUUUCACCAUGGUGUUCAGUAUCGAUUGGUUUGGCAAUCAAACAAAAAUUAGUAUUGGGCGUAAUCGAUUGUCCACAUUUGGGCCGAACAUAUAGUGCAAUCAAAGACGGUGGUGCACAUUGCAAUGGAAAACCGAUUCAUGUAUCAUCGAUCAAUGAAGUGGAAAAAGCAUUGAUUCAAACAGAAAUUCCGGUUGGUUUCAAAUUUCCAAAAAGUCCGAAUUUCGCCGAUAAACUAUUCGAUUCGAUCUAUUGGAAAUGUCAAGGAUUUCGUUGUGUUGGAUCAUGUUGUGUUAGUUUAUGUUUAGUAGCUGAAGGUGCUGCUGAUGUUUAUUUUAUGCAUGGUUUAAAAAUCUGGGAUAUGGCAGCCGGUUAUGUAAUUGUCACUGAAGCCGGUGGUUUCAUUUGCAGUAUUAGUGGUGAAAAUUUUGAUCCGAACAAAGGUAGUCUUAUUGCUGCCAGUAAUUCUGUAUUAGCAACAAAAAUUGUUGAACGUUUUCGAGAUUCUAAACAAUAAAAUUUUAAAAAAUUUUUUCAAUUAAAA